CCGUAGUCGGCAUCACCAGCCUCGCUAACCAUGAAUGGGAUGGCCAAUUUGAACUCUGCCAGCCGCGUGCACUAUGCCUCCUCCAUCCCUGUGCCCCGAGCUACUUCCCAGACCAGGAUCCACACGCCGGGCGCCUCUCCCCAGCUGCGGCCACGCCAGGCCGGCCUAGCCCUGAGCCCCCAGCGAGCAGCCUCCCCAAGACUGGGCAAGGCUGGAGGCCCUUCCAGAAGCUCCUCUCCUAAGGCCUCUCGGGGGAGAGGCUCCCCCAAGCCUUCUGGGGCAGUGAGAGAGUUGGCCCAGGGUGGCGAAGGCCUCCCCGGCUCCCCAUGGAGCAGUCCCAGGGCAACCCCAAAAACAGCCCUCUCCAGCCGGGCUGGGUCCAGAAGAGUUGGGGAGACACAGGGCACCCCAAGAAAGAAAAAGGUGGCCCAGGAAGGGAUUCCAACCCACCAGACCCGGGGCAGGAGCCCAUCCCGGACGAGCUCUCAUGGAGAAACCCAAAUACCAGGGGCUCCUGAAGGUCGAAAGGCUCCUAACCACCCAGGAAAGGAACAAAGAGACACAAACUACAGAAGUUCUGGGGCCCCCGGCUCUCUGGAGCCUGAUGCCGGGGCAGCCUCAGGGGCUUCCUCCCCCGUCUGCAGCCCAGUGCAGAGCAAACGUGCGGCCCCGGCCCCAGGGGCCAUCAGCUUCUCCUCCGCCCAUCAGCAGAGUCAGCCAGUCACAGCCACUGUGGCCCCAUUCCAGUACAGGUUGCAGACAGACCAGGAGGAACCUGGCUUCCUCCCCCAGGAUAGCUGCGCCCUGGAUGGCUUCUCUGGCCCCCCCGGCAGGCCUGAGGAGAGCUUCUCCUGCAUGGACGCGCGGAUCGUCCAUGCGCUCCUCGCGGGCAGAAUGCUGGGCAGCAGCGUCAAGAGCGCGCAGCCCGAGGUGGGGCUGAGCGGCGGCGGCGGCGAGGGCGCGGACGAGCCCCGCGGCGCGAGCAGGAAGGCGGCGGCGGACGGCAGAGGCAUGCUGCCCAAGCGCGCCAAGGCGCCGGGCGGCAGCGGCGGCAUGGCCAAGGCCAGCGCGGCGGAGCUGAAGGUCUUCAAGUCCGGCAGCGUGGACGGCCGAGUCCCGGGCGGGCCGCCCGCCUCCAACCUGCGCAAGCAGAAGUCUCUGACCAACCUCUCCUUCCUCACGGACUCAGAGAAGAAGAUGCAGCUCUACGAGCCCCAGUGGAGCGACGACAUGGCCAAGGCGCCCAAGGGCUUGGGCAAGGCGGGGUCCAAAGGCCGCGAGGCUCCGCUGAUGUCCAAGACGCUGUCCAAGUCCGAGCACUCGCUCUUCCAGGCCAAGGGCGGCCCGGCGGGCGGCGCCAAGACCCCGCUGGCUCCGCUCGCGCCCAGUCUGGGAAAGCCGAGCCGGAUCCCGCGCGGCCCCUACGCCGAGGUCAAGCCGCUCAGCAAGGCUCCGGAGGCGGCCGUGAGCGACGACGCCAAGUCGGACGACGAGCUGCUCUCCAGCAAGGCCAAGGCGCAGAAGGGCUCCGCGCCCGUGCCCUCCGCCAAGGGCCAAGAGGAGCGCGCCUUCCUCAAGGUGGACCCCGAGCUCGUGGUGACCGUGCUGGGAGACCUGGAGCAGCUGCUCUUCAGCCAGAUGCUGGACCCAGAGUCCCAGAGAAAGAGGACAGUGCAGAACGUCCUGGAUCUUCGACAGAACCUGGAAGAGACCAUGUCCAGCCUGCGAGGGUCCCAGGUGACACACAGCUCCCUGGAGAUGACCUGCUAUGACAGCGAUGACGCCAACCCUCGCAGCGUGUCCAGCCUCUCCAACCGCUCGUCCCCCCUGUCCUGGCGCUACGGCCAGUCCAGCCCACGGCUGCAGGCUGGGGAUGCACCCUCGGUGGGUGGGAGCUGCCGCUCGGAGGGGCCGCCCACCUGGUACAUGCACGGCGAGCGGACCCACUACUCGCACACCAUGCCCAUGCGCAGCCCCAGCAAGCUCAGCCACAUCUCCCGCCUGGAGCUGGUCGAGUCCCUGGACUCGGACGAGGUGGACCUCAAGUCUGGCUACAUGAGCGACAGCGACCUCCUGGGCAAGACGAUGGCUGAGGACGAUGACAUCACCACCGGCUGGGAUGGGAGGGAAGCCGUCCAGCUCCUGCUGUGCUCAGGGCCUGUGCUGGGCAAGGACAGCCGUGGCGUCUGA